CGCGCGCCUGCCUGCCUGCCUGCCUUUCCAGGAGCGGGGUAGCACAGAGCCCCUCGGGAAGGGGGGUGUCCCUGUGCGGUGCCUCCCCUGCUUCAUGCACCACCCCCAGCCCAGCCACGGGGCGGGAUGGCUGGAGACGGGCCACGCUGAACUAACUCCCCGUGUUUUUCCUGCGGGGGCAGCGGCCGUCCCCCAGCAGCAGCAGCAGCAGCAGCAAGCGGCACCCACUGCUCUGCCGAUUGAAUCCCAGAUGGCCAAUUCCCUGAAUGGCCGGAACCCAGGUGGCAGAGGAGGAAACCCCCGCAAAGGGCGUAUUCUGGGCAUCAUUGAUGCUAUUCAGGAUGCCGUGGGGCCCCCCAAGCAAGCAGCUGCUGACCGCAGAACUGUGGAGAAAACUUGGAAGCUAAUGGACAAAGUGGUCAGACUGUGCCAAAAUCCCAAACUUCAGUUGAAAAACAGCCCACCUUACAUACUUGACAUUUUACCAGACACUUACCAACAUUUGCGACUUGUACUGAGCAAAUAUGACGACAACCAGAAACUUGCACAGCUCAGUGAGAAUGAAUAUUUUAAAAUCUACAUUGACAGUCUCAUGAAAAAAUCAAAACGGGCUAUCAGACUCUUUAAAGAGGGCAAGGAGCGGAUGUAUGAGGAACAGUCUCAGGACAGGCGAAACCUUACAAAGCUGUCUCUGAUCUUCAGCCACAUGCUGGCAGAAAUCAAAGCAAUCUUUCCUAAUGGCCAAUUCCAGGGUGACAACUUCCGUAUCACAAAAGCAGAUGCUGCAGAAUUCUGGAGGAAAUUUUUUGGAGACAAAACGAUAGUGCCAUGGAAAGUGUUCCGGCAGUGCCUUCAUGAGAUUCAUCAGAUAAGCUCUGGUUUGGAAGCAAUGGCUCUUAAAUCUACCAUUGACUUGACCUGCAAUGACUAUAUUUCAGUUUUUGAAUUUGAUAUCUUCACUAGACUAUUUCAGCCUUGGGGUUCAAUCUUAAGGAACUGGAACUUCUUAGCUGUGACACAUCCUGGUUAUAUGGCAUUUCUAACAUAUGAUGAAGUCAAAGCAAGGUUGCAGAAAUACAGCACCAAACCUGGGAGCUACAUUUUCAGACUGAGUUGUACUCGACUGGGACAAUGGGCCAUUGGAUAUGUAACUGGUGAUGGAAACAUUUUGCAGACUAUACCUCACAAUAAGCCUUUAUUUCAAGCUCUAAUUGAUGGCGGCCGGGAAGGAUUUUAUCUGUACCCAGAUGGACGAAGUUACAAUCCUGAUCUGACAGGAUUGUGUGAACCUACUCCACACGAUCACAUAAAAGUUACACAGGAACAAUAUGAAUUGUACUGUGAAAUGGGUUCCACUUUCCAGCUGUGUAAAAUCUGUGCAGAGAAUGAUAAAGAUGUGAAGAUUGAGCCUUGUGGACAUCUCAUGUGCACUUCUUGUCUUACAGCAUGGCAGGAAUCCGAUGGCCAGGGCUGUCCUUUCUGCCGAUGUGAAAUCAAAGGAACUGAACCAAUAAUUGUAGACCCUUUUGAUCCAAGGGAUGAAAACUCCAGGUGCUGCAGUAUUAUAGAUAGCUUUAGCAUGCCCAUGCUAGACUUGGAUGAUGAUGAUGACAGAGAAGAAUCUUUAAUGAUGAAUCGAUUGGCUUCAGUACGAAAGUGCAACGAGAGACAGAAUUCGCCAGUGACAUCUCCGGGAUCUUCUCCACUUGCGCAGAGAAGAAAGCCACUUCCAGACCCCCUACAAAUUCCCCAUCUUAGUCUCCCACCGGUGCCUCCUCGUCUGGAUCUCAUUCAGAAGGGAGUAGCACGGUCACCUUGUGCCAGCCCUACUAGCUCACCAAAGUCUUCUCCAUGUAUGGUGAGGAAACAAGAUAAACCCCUUCCAGCACCACCACCUCCCUUGAGAGAUCCUCCUCCACCUCCUCCUGAGAGACCCCCUCCAAUCCCACCAGACAACAGGAUAAGUAGACAUUUGCAUCACCCUGAAAGUGUGCCUUCCAGAGACCAGCCUGUGCCACUUGAAGCCUGGUGCCAUAGGGAUGCGUUUGGGACAAAUCCGUUAGUAGCAUGUCGAAUCGUAACUGACAGUUCCCCCAAACCAGGACUCACUGCACCUUCGAAUAUAAAUGGAAGGCACAACCGAAUGGGUUCUGAUCCAGGAUUUAUGAGGAAACACAGACGCCAUGAUUUGCCUGUAGAAGGUGCCAAGGUAUUUUUAAAUGGUCAUCUGGGAAAUGAAGAGUAUGAUGUCCCUCCUCGACUUUCACCCCCCCUCACAGCUGUCUCCAUCCUCCCUAGUAUGAAGUGCACUGUUCCUGUAACGAAUUCCCUUGCUGAGAAAUCACAACAUGUAGAAGAAGACGAGUACAAGAUUCCUUCAUCCCAUCCUGUAUCCCUGAGUUCCCAACCACCUCACUGUCAUAAUAUAAAACCUCCUACAAGGGUAUGUGAGAAUGGUCAGUGUGCUGGUAUAAUGAAUGGAGCAAACAAUGUAGCUUCCGAGAUAAAGAAACCCAAAAACCCAGAGUUAGGUGACGCCUUUGAUGCACCCACUGUUUCACUACCUGUACCUCCUGCACGGCCUCCUACCAGAGACAACCCAAAACACAGCACUUUGCUCAACAGGACACCCUCGGAUUAUGAUCUUCUGGUGCCCCCUUUAGGUGAAGAUGCGUUUGACAACUCACCACCCUCACUUCCGCUGCCGCCACCGCCUCCUGCUCGUCACAGCCUCGUUGAGCAUUCCAAACCUCAGGGCUCCGGAAGCCGACCCUCUUCAGGACAUGAACUGUUCCUUCCUCCUUCGGAUCUCUUUUUUGAUCCAGCUAUUAGUGUAAUUCCUUUGCCUCCUGCUCGAAGAUCAACAGGGGAAAAUGUCAAAACUAAUAGAAUCUCCCAGGACUAUGAUCAGCUUCCAUCCUCUUCAGAUGGUUCACAAGCACCAGCCAGACCCCCUAAACCACUUCCUCGCAGGACUGCACCAGAAGUCCACCACAGGAAAGCAUACAACUCUGACACCUCCUUGGAAAACGUGGAUGCAAAAAUUGCAAAACUUAUGGGAGAGGGCUAUUCCUUUGAAGAAGUGAAGAGGGCACUUGAAAUAGCCCAGAAUAACGUUGACGUGGCUCGUAGUAUUUUAAGAGAAUUUGCUUGCUUUCCUCCACCAGUCUCCCCACGUCUCAAUCUAUAGCAGCGUGCAAGUUCCUGCAGCAGAUGAAUUUCAUGUGUGCGUGUGUCUGUGUGGAACUGAGAGCAGGAGAGAAUUUGAGAGAGUUUCUUCUCGUCAUCAUUAGAAGAGGGUCUGUUUCCAGAAGUCUAUCAAAGGAAGAUGGCUGUUCUGAUCAAGACUCAAAGAUGGGCUGAGGCUUCUGUAUUUUUGGUAGCCAUACUUUUAAAAUCAGGGUUGAACUGACAAAAUAAUUUAAAGAAGUUUACUUCCCUUGAACUUUGAAUCUGUGAAAUGGUUUUUUUUCCUUGUUUACAAGAUGGCAAGUUAACAGUUUUCUAGUUGACACCUGUACUGUGUUCCUGUUUAGAUUCCCUUGUACAGUGGUCAGGUCAGCUGUAGCAUUUGCAACAUUAUCCAUGCUGACCAGCCCAUCAACUAACCCAUUUUUUCCAGAAGUUCUAUAUUUCCAUUUCUCCUUUUUAUAAGAGGCUUUAAUGGUUUUUGCAUUUCAAUGUAUCAAAUGCAAAAACAAAAAAAAAGUAUGUGGCCUUCACUACUGAGCAUUUUCUUCUGAGAUUGCUUUGCUAUUGAGAGAGGAAGAAAUCUGAAUGUAUAAUGCAUUAUUUUUGUUUAUGAACUGCCUUUUUAAAGGUAUUUUGACAGUGACAUUGGGCAGCUUUUAUUUUUAUUUUAUUAUGGAUUUUGUCACCUAUAAACUUCAAGGUCUUGAUCCACGUAGUUUCCACAGUUUAGAAAGACACAUGCAGUAAUGAAACUAAAGGACAUGACAGCUUUUAAAAAUUUGAAUGCAGAUGUUGAUGUUGUACUUAAGUUACAUAGCAAGCGUGCCUGUUGUUCAUGCCUUGAAUAUCUUUAGGCAUGUUGAAUAAUGGGGAAUCUCACUGAAUUUUAUUAAUGAUCAGUUGGAUUACAAUCCUAUCCUCUGCAAAGUGGAUGAGAGUUAAUUUCCUCAUUGAGUCAUUGUUUUUCAGCUCAUCAUGGCUUUAGGGACCAGUUCAUAUUGACAUGGGAACAUUAAAUAUUUGGUGCACUGUUAAGUACUAAUGCUACUCUAGCAAUACAUUUUACAAAGCUAUUUAGUAACCUCUGUUCACGAUAUUGCAUUGGACUGUUUCAUACCCAGAUUCACUCAUUCGCUAUUCCUACAUAGUCGGAAACAUUUUAAAUCUCUUUGCCAUGGGUAGUACAUCGUUACCUCAGUCUGUUUUUUUAAUGUAAAGCACAAAUUGAUGCAAUCAGAUCGAGUCUUUUAUAUUUUUUCUUGCCAUACUCUCAAAUUAAGAGUCCUCAUGUCCCACAGUAAUUCUCAUUUUGCUGCUUUCUUGUUUUUGUGGAAAUCACUGAAAUCUCUUUUUUCCCCUCCUAUUAUUGUUGAAAAGAUGAAUCAUGUGGAAAGUAGAAUAGUUGAGUACUUUAAAAUGUGGCCAGUAUCAGAUGUUUCAAAUUAAGAUAAACUUGGGUUGUGGUUUAUAUUUAUUUUCUUUUUAUCUUUUGGUUCUCUCCUUCAUUCCUAGCAAGUUGUUAAAGUUGCACCACAUAAAAGAUCAGAUCUCAGCAAUAAAUGGAUUUAUUCUAAAGAUUUAAGGACAACCAAACAUCUCAAGUAAAUAAUUCAAAGGUACUGAGAAAACCCAGUGGAAAUUACAAUUAUCAUAUCAUUUCAUCAAAAGCUUUUCUCUUUAAAAAUAAGAAAGCUAGAAAAAUCAUUCCUUUGCAGGAUCACAAGGCAUGGUCAUCAUUAAUGUGUCUUGGUCCAGUGAAACAAGAUGAUCAGAGGCAUUUGAGCUACAGGGAUAUGUUUCUGUUCUGUUUCAAUCUAAGUAAAUGAUUGAGUUUAUGUACUAGAAAGGAUAUCUGCAGAUUCCUUUCAAUGUUUAUUCUUUGGAUAGGAAUAAUGAAAGCUUUUGGCAGAUGUUUUACCCAUUGCUCCCAUUGUUUUCAGUUUCUUUGGGUUUUUUUUUUCUUUUUUAUAUCAUAUUGGUAGCACUUGUACGUUUCAGCCAAAUAGAAAUUUAGAAUGAUACAUACUGUUAAGAUAAAUGUUUCAAUUUUAUUAAAGCGGCUUAAUUACAGUUCUAACAUAACUACCAGCGAUAGCAAAGAAGAAGAAAAAAAUUGCACAGAGAAGCAAACAGUCUGCAUCUCAUGUUGGAAUUUCCAAUCAUAUUCCAUAAAACUGGCCCAGAAUAUAAAAUUUUAAUCAGGAUCUCAGAAUAAAUGACACCACCAUGUUUCAAUAAAGGAGCAAGAACAAAAUUCAUGUGAAAUAUUUUAAAAUUACUUUCUAUACAAGCUCUUUCUGUGGUUUUUUUUUUAAAGUAACAUUCCCAGCCUGUUUGGCAUAAUUUGUUUUUUGUACAUGUGUUUAAAACCUUUGUAAUGUAAUAGCAUAUAGGCCUGCUGACCAGGAUGGGGGGCAACAAUGGGGGCACUUGCCCCAGGGCUCAGUGAUUCAAAGGGUCUGGGGCUCCCAGUCACUGCCGCUGCAGCAGCGGCCAGAUCCCCAGACUCUUUAAAUUGCUGUGAGAGUGCCACACCACGUGUGCCGCGUAGCUCUGAGGGCAGGGCAGGGGAUCCUGCUCUGCAGUCUGGGCAGCGCUGAGGGCUGGCUGCCCCACCCCUUCCACCUGAGCCACUUCUGGGAGCAUAGAGCCUGCUCCCCCCCAUACACACCUUGACCAGCUGUCUGUGGAAGCUCCCUGGUAGCACAGGUGGUGGCUUUAUACUCUAAAAGUUCCAUUCAUCGUUAGAUAAACCUAAUCAGACCCUCCUACGCAGUGGAACACGAGAUGCUUCAGACCCUGUUUUGGUUAAUAGAUUUAAAACCAAAUUGAGCGCAGUUGCCUUGUAGGUUGUUGGCUGCACAGUAUUUAAUGGGCUUGAGAGAGGUAAAUCUGACAAUAGUUUGGUUCCCCAAAGUGUCUUUUAACAGUUUAAAAAAUAAAGGUUUGAUCUUGCAAAUACCUGUGAACAUAUGUAACUUCAAGCACAUGACUGUAGGGGUGUACUCAAGUGAAGUUGCUCAAUUUCUUGAAUGUGUGUAAAAGUGGGGCCUACAAAUCUAAUUUUCGGUAACAAUCCCUUUUAGGUCAUCAUAUCAACAUCUUAUUUCCUUGAUGCAAAAAUUCCUGCAUUUUAACAAGAUUUGCUGAAUCAAAAGAUGAGCAAUAGUAAUGACUGUCAGAAGCAUGGAUUCUUUCCAAAGAUGCUAGGUAAAAAUUGAAACUGCUGAAAUAAAUGAAUUCCAUGUGAUUAGCCAUUUAGCAGGUUGGCUGGAAUCCUAAAAUGGCCACUGAUCAAAUGUGUCAAUGUUUCAUAAUCCAAGUGCACAUCUGGCAAAGACUUUUUCAUAAUGUGAAUUUAGAUUUUUGUGUCCAAAUCAUUUCCUCUUAUAAUUUCAGCUUGAAACUUUACUUUGCACUGAUUAUUCUGAACUGUUAACUGUUUUAAAUUUGUGUCUUAAAGCUUGACAGAUUUGGAAGCAGGUGAACAGUGUAUUUUAAACAGAUUCAGGUACUGCUUGUUGACCUGGAAUAGGGUUUCUAGGAAUGAUUUCCUGAAAAGGACUGCAAUAGUUUCCAUUUUGAAGGUUUUCUUCCAAAUAACUAUUUUAUCAAAAAUGCCUUUUAUAAACUUGUCUAACAUGUGAUAAACAUAGUGAUGUGUUCAAUUAAUUUAUAUUUUAUUCCACAUUCUUUUUCAAUUCUGGUUAUUAUGUAACCUCGAGUACUUUAUCUGUUCUUGUAAGAUAUUUUAUAAAAUUAAUGUUAACAGAAUACCAAGUUGGUCUGUGAUUUUCAAACCUAUGACUCUGAUCUUGAAUAUUGUUGCUCGUGGGUUCAGAAGAACAUAGUUAUCCUAGAUUAUACUUUAUAGGGAUUGGGGCAUUGUUGUAAAAGCCAGAAAGACAAGUGAAAUGGUCUUAAAAUAUGGUGAAUCAAAGCAUUUGGAAACACCCCCAUUGUUAGUGUAUCAACUACAAUUCAGUUAUUUCACUUUUCAAAUUCAGCUAAUUAAAAAAAUAAAGCCAAAUGACAUUUUAUAAGGUAAAAGUACUUCAG